AUGAAAGUGCCGAAGGCCCCCUCCAUAUUCACGAAGAUGGCUGCCUUUUACCAGUGCAUCAAGCCUGAGCCCAGUGAGCUGGACAUGAUUUCCACGAGGGUGAUGGACAUUAAGCUUCGGGAGGCUGCAGAAGGCCUUGGGGAGGACAGCACAGGAAAGAAAAAGUCCAAAUUCAAAACGUUUAAGAAGUUCUUUGGGAAGAAGAAGAGAAAGGAGUCGUCUUCUUCCACAGGAAGUAGCACCUGGAAGCAAAGUCAGGCGAAGAACGAGGUCAUGGCCAUUGAGUCAGGACCAGUGGGCUACGACUCAGAGGACGAGCUGGAGGACUCGAGGGGCGCGCUGGGAAGCCGGGCCCUCUCCCACGACAGUAUUUUCAUCCCCGAAUCGGGGCAGGACCCUCCUCGGCCGGUGCGGGUGUUUUCCCAAGAAAACGUGUGUGACCGGAUUAAAGCUCUGCAGUUAAAAAUACAGUGUAAUGUGAAAAUGGGGCCGCCGCCUCCUCCUGGGAGCCUUCCAAUCAAGCGGGGAGAUGAUGCCGGCAUGAGCUCUGAGGAUGAUGGUCUGCCCAGGAGCCCCCCCGAGAUGUCCCUGCUUCAUGACAUUGGUUCCAGCACUACCAUAAAGGUCUGUGUGGUUUCCUCAUCCCGGCCGCAGUCUCCAGACCAGCUCUUCUCCAGGCAAGCGAGCGAAACUUCCGCCUCCCCUAGGACCUCGGACAGCAGCAUGGUGCCCGUGGCUGACUUCGAUUACCCCCCAGAGUUCUCCUCCUGCCUGGACAACUCUGCGGCCAAGCACAAGCUCCUCGUCAAGCCCCGCAACCAGAGGUCCAGCAAGAUGAGGCGGCUGUCCUCGAGAGCACAGUCAGAAUCUCUGAGCGAUCUGACCUGCACCCCAGAGGAGGAAGAAGUCGAUGAGAAACCGCCACUCCAAGUCAGCAGGGAGGAGCAGCCCAGUUCUGGGCAGCAGGAGGCAGGUCAGGACGGAGGCUCUGAGCCAGAGGGGCCCGCCCCUGUGUUGCCACCCGUGGGGCCCCGUGUGAGGCGGGCGCGCCUGCAGCACUGCCCAGCGCUCACUGCCAGCACCGAGGAGGAGAGCCCCCCAGGGGAGAACUCCUCCAGCCGCCCGGCCACCCCAGAGGACACCCCGCAGGGCACACUGGAAGCCACCCUGGAGGUCAUGGAGGUCACAGAGCCCCUGUCAGGCCGAACUCCCCACUCGGAGUCCCCAUCUCGCCCAGAAGACUCCCCAGACCCUAAUCCCAACAGCGAGAACCAGAGGGAGGACCUGUCCUCGGAAAGCGCGUGUCCCCCAGGUGGGGACACAGCGGAUGAGGCGAUUUGUGCGUCGGGAGACAACGUCGAGGGUCGACUGUCUCCCUGCGUCCCCGAGGGGGACACGACCCCUCCUGAGCCAGGCCCAGCCGCCACCCAGGAGACGCCCCCUGGUCUGGACGGAACAGACAAGGCCGGCCGGAAGGAGCCGCUGCCGGCGCUGGACUUGCCGACGCCAGAGGGUGCAGGGCCGGAAAGUCCGGCCGCGGCCCCCAGCCCGCCGCCCCCCAAGAGCUGCUUGAAGCACAAGGCCCCCUCGCCACCCGCCUCCGAGGCGCCUCCCCAGGCGCCCGCGCCCCGAUCCCCGGAGCAGGGACCCGCCCCCCCGGGGCCCCCAAAGACCGAGCGGGCGGGGUCCCCCUCGGGGGCCCCGGAGCGCAAGACAGAGCGCGGAGGCUGCGAGGCGCGCGGGGCCGCCAAGAAGUUCUCGGUGUCGUCUGGCCGCGAGUGGCCGCGCGCGGGAGGCCGCCUGCUGGAGCCCCGUGGCCCCGCCGUCCGGCUGCCGCUUCUCCGGAGCGGCCCGGCCUGGAAAAGCGAGGCCGCCCUCGACGACCUCCCGGCGCCCCCCGAGUCCCAGGGCCCCAAGCCCGGCCCUCGGAAGCCGCAUGCCCCUGCCGAGCGCGGCUCUCCGGACACGGCCGACCCGGCUGCCCAGGAGCGGGCGGCAGGCGGGGAAGGAGGCCCGUUCCCCGUCAAGCUGCGCUCCACGUCUCUGUCCUUCAAACGCAGAGAAGCUCCCUGCCCGGAGGGGAAGGCCAUCAAGAGGUACAGUGCGGAGGUCAGGCUGGAGAGAGGAGGGCUGAGCUUGCUGUCCAGGGACGACAAGGGACCUCCGGGGAGCGGCCCCUCCACCCGAGGCGCCAGGCCCCCCAGUGAGCCGGGGAAGGCCAAGACCCUGCCCACGGAGCAGCUCAGUUCCAAGCCGCCCCUGCCCAGGAAGCCCUUGCUACAGACCCUCACCCUCCCGCAGCUGCCGGCGCCCCCUGAGACCAGCUCUGGGGACCCCGAGAAGGUGGGGCUGCCCAUGGAUCCUCGGAAGGAGAGCCGGGCUGAGAGGAGGUCACCGCACAGGGCAGUUGAGAAGGUAGCAGGGCCUGGAACCAACAGCCAGCCCGUGCCUCCCUGGAUCACCGUGGGGCGCCAGAAGCGCCGGGGACCUCUGGAGCAGCCCCCCAGCCAGGAAGACAAACCUGCGGCCCGGACCUUGAAGUCUGACACAGGAAGGCCCGCCAAGGUACCCGAGAAAACCCAGGAGCCCGUGAAGCAUGCCGACUUUGUCCGCAGCAAGUCGUUCCUGCUGGCCCCGGCCAAGCCUCCUGCGGACCAGAGGCCGGGGGCAAAGCUCCGCCUCCAGGAGGGCCUGCAAAGAGGAGUCUCCUUGUCCCAUCAGAAUUUGGCAGCCCCGUCGGCAGUGAUGAUGGAGAAAGAAUUGCAUCAGCUGAAGCGAGCCAGCUGCAGCAGCACAGAUCAGCCCUCCUGGAUGGAGCUGGCCAGAAAGAAAUCGCAAGCUUGGAGUGACAUGCCCCAAAUUAUAAAAUAG